AUGACUCAAAAAUCAACAAACUGGUAUCUGACAGCCCAAAAACCAUACCUCUGCCCCUUUCUUCCUCUCAACGAUGGUAUUCUCGUCUGUGUCUGCGUCUGCAGCUGCUUGUCUCCAGCCUCAGACGACGCUCUCGAAUCUGGCCGUGACGGCGAAUCGAAUAGAGAUCCCUUCGAGUUGGACGUACUUCCCACUCGACUCAAUUUUCCAGCCGACAUAUCAGACGGUGCCCUCGGGAUUCGAGACGGGCGGUGGUCUGGAGUAGUGGUUACAGUAUACCCAGCAGUUCCACCGAGUCCUCCACUCAUCGGAACACUUCGAUCAGUUUUCUCUCGUAUUUUCAUAAUUGGUCCGGGUGUUCCAGUCGUCGGAAUCUCCUUUGCGUGUCGAUUCUUUGUGAAUGCUCUCAUUGAGUCGAGUGCGUGUGUCGGACGUGAUUCUGGGAACAUAUUGAUGUUGAGACGUCCUUUUGCACGACAUGGAUCAUGUUUAUGGAGGAAUUCGUCCAACGACUCCCAUCCACCACCGACACGAACCAUUACUGUCGAUCGGAGGAUUCGAACCAUUCGUUUGAUAUGA